GCCCGGAACUGAUCUGUGUAUAUAUACUUUGAAGACGACAGCGUGUAGACGAAUAUCGCGGACACGAUCCGAACAGCACAAGAUACAGAACGUGAGAUUCUAACCACACGAAUACAAGCACAAGAUACAAAACGUGAGAUUCUAAACGGUGUAAAACCAGCGCAAGUUUAUUAUCAGCUAGAUCUCGCAUUUGUUUUUGAUCCCAAGAAGAAAAGAUGCAGUCGGCAGGGCUUUUCAUAAUUUUAGGCCUCCUUGUUGCUCAGUGCGCAUUGGGCGCCCCAACUCAACAAGCAAUGCAAUUCCUCGAGGCCAUGGGCAGCAAGUACAAAAACCCAACAGUUUACGCAGUUCGCUUAGACUCAGAUGUCAGCUUAGACUGCGAUACGAACGAGCGCUCAGUUGUGGUCACCCUGUGGCACAGGAUGAGACCUUCUGAUACCUUCAGGCAGGUUCCUGAACAGGAAGGAAAAGUGAACAAGAAAAAGCCCGGGAAAUUCACCGUGCUCAAAGUCACUCUUGAAGACAUAGGGUUCUAUCAGUGUAGAGCUCUGAGUGAUAGCAAACAAGAAAUCACCAGGGAUUUUGUCAUUGUUCUAACGGCUGCUUCCCCAAGUCUGGUGAUGUCCCCAGAGGUCCUCCUGGAACGCAAAGUGUCAGGCAGUGAUGUUAGGAUAUCAUGCGAAACUACUGCCAAUAAGCGCAUCAAAUGGUUCUAUUACUCCACCAAUCAAGACCCGUCACAGAAGCAGAGGAUCCGACGAUCGCGCAAUUACCACGUAACGAACGUAAAUACGAAUGUUGAUUAUGGGUUCAGCAAUGUCACCGUGUGGAAUAGCACUCUCACCAUUGUCAACGCCCAGGUCGCCCAGAGCGGUCAUUACGAAUGCAGUCUAGGAAAACCGUUUGAAUACCUGUACAGGAAUAACCAUCUAGUUGUAACAGACCCCACGCCACCAAUAUUCAGUACCAGCUCAGAAACCAUCACGGCCACGCCCAAUACCCCAGUCUUCCUCGGAUGUAAGCCAAAUGGUUACCCUAAACCCACGAUUGAGUGGAAAUAUUUCCCGCGGAUGAAAAAGGGUGUAUCUAUUAAACCGUGCACCCGUAUCCACGUGGAAAGAUGCACUGAUGAGGACUUCAUCCAAGCUACAGAUGGUAUCAUAGUAGAGCGACCCGACGUCGACUAUCACAGUGGAAUGUUCCUCUGCAUCUCCAACAAUCCCUUCGGUACAGCACGAAAAUACUUCGUAGUCAACGUACCACAUGCCCCAGAGAUAGACAGAGCAAACACUCCGAAAGUCAUCCUGCGGAAGCCCGGUCCAUCUACAUUUACUGUGUACUUUAAGCACCUCGGUUACCCUGAACCAAGUAUUCGAUGGGAAAUGCAACCCUCGUGGUUUUAUGGAAGUCCUGCGAACCCAUCUAUGUGGCGUCCUUUUGAGUCGUACGACAAGGCCGUCAGGCCAGAAGUACUCAAGAAACCCACAGAGGGAAGCUUAUCAACUGUUGUGCGUAUACCCUUCACCCUCAAUAUCGGGGCGUGGUUUAAGGUCACGGCGUCUAACGAUGAAGGCUCGGACAGCUUAGAGGUUCUCUUUAUUGGUCAGUAACUGAACUGAACAACACAGCGAGUGUAGGGACAUACCAAGUGCUUUUACAAGUGUAGCACGGUCAAGUGAACAUAUCAAAUGGUCUGACAUGUGUUCUACAUACAAAAUCCUAGCCUCAGGUCAUGUACAAACCCAGGGUUUGUUUAAGUGUGAGGUACUCAGGUAUAAAUAAGAAAAGAAAAAGACUUGUUGGCGGAAGUACGCAUGCGCCCUGUGACCAGCCUUACAAGCACAGCUACAAUUAGUAAAGAUUCCUUAAUCUUUGCAUAAAACCAUUAAAUUCGCACUGGCUUGAGGAUCGAUUAAUGAAGGGAAUCAUCAAGCCCUCCUCCUCAGAAAGAAAUUGACUUUCGCUAUCGCAAACAAGGACUAAUCUUAAAAAAAACUUUUUUUGUCCAGCGAUUUGCGAACUUGUUACUGUUGUAUACAUUUUAUGCCUCUAAACUUCAUUCUAGUUGCUAGGAGUUACCAAAAGCCCGACAAGCAAUUGUGCGCAGUUUUAGUGUAUCCGUAUUUUACGGCCUUUUUCUGAAGUACGUUGAACACAAACUGUUAGCAGUUCAGGCGCUCGCAUUUUUAAUAGCAUUUCAUAUUUAUUGUAAAUACCGUUUAUUAAUUAUAUAUAUCAUUAUACUGUAAAUAUUAACUGAAUAAUGGACCAUUAAACUAUGUAACCCUA